CGGAGCUCUGCUGCGUCGUCUCUUUGGAGGAUCUGAUGGUGUUGGAGUCCAGAGCCAGACCACAGACCAGAGACACACACAGGACGCUACGCCACAUCCACAGCAUCCUCCGAUCGAUUGAUCAAUCACUCCUCUAUCAACUAUCGAUCACUGGAUCCUCCUUUUAUCUGCUUCUGUCCCUCUGAGGUGCUUCAGGUUUGUUUUUUAUACCCUUCCCCUCCCCUCUGAUCCAUCCUGUCUCUCAGAAGUUUUGAAGGUGCGUUUGAAGCUCGACCGCAUCAGUCGGCGGAGCCAGCGCCGCCUUCGCUUCCUUCCUGGAAGCCCCGCGGGCGGCCUCAGGUGAGGGUGGGACGUUUGAUACAUGACACCGCAGAGACCACUGAGAGAUGAAAACACACCUGGAGACACGAGACAGGUCAGAUAUAUAGUGUCUCCAUCAGCAGCUGAAGAAACCAGAACAAGAGCAUCACUUGCCAGGUAGGAGCCACCUGUCUCUUCUUUAACACAGAAACCAGCUGUUUGUCGAUCAAAUCAAGUGAACAUGGCCUGGCUCCGUCAGAGUCGAGGUUCUCCCAGACUUGUUCUGGUGGUAGUGUGUGUUGCUCUACUGCUCGACAACAUGCUGCUCACUGUGGUCGUGCCGAUCAUCCCGACCUUCCUCUACGCCAUGGAGCAUCCUAGUCCAGAGCCCCAGACUGCCCAGCCAUCCCUGCUCCCUCUGCCCACCCUUGAUGCAUCACGCUUGGGCACUGUGCCCUCUCAGUCCCCCUCCCCGAGGUCACAGCUCCCUCAGCCCAGCCAUAGUGCACCGUACCACGGUACACAAUCAGACCAGAGUCCCCAAUCGUCUCCUCUGGUGUCUCUGUUCGACAAUUCGACAUUCAGUCUGCAGGAGAUCCUGACCGAACCCACCCCAGACACCAAGCUCACAGACCAGAGCAGCCCGACCACAGAGCUGCAGAUCAACGAAACCACUAACGCUACAGAGUCCUCCUGUCUUCAGGACAGGGCGUUUCUGGAAGAGGAAAAUGUUCGUGUUGGUUUGUUGUUUGCCUCUAAAGCUCUCGUCCAGCUGCUUAUCAACCCGUUUGUCGGCCCGCUCACCAACAGGGUCGGGUACCACAUCCCCAUGUUUGCUGGUUUCAUCAUCAUGUUUGGGUCAACUAUCAUGUUUGCGUUCUCAGGGACAUACGCUCUGCUGUUCCUCGCUCGCUCUCUGCAGGGAAUUGGUUCGUCCUUCUCAUCUGUAGCAGGUCUGGGUAUGUUGGCCAGUGUGUACACUGAUGAUGAGGAGAGAGGCAUCGCCAUGGGCAUCGCACUGGGAGGACUGGCUAUGGGGGUCCUGAUUGGAGCUCCAUUUGGCAGUGUGAUGUACGAGUUUGUGGGGAAACGCGCUCCCUUCCUGAUCUUGGCCUUCCUGGCUAUGUUUGAUGGAGCACUACAGCUGUUCAUCCUGCAGCCUUCAAAGAUCUCUCCAGGGAGUGUGGAAGGGACUCCAUUACUGACUCUGUUAAAGGAUCCGUACAUUCUCAUCAGUGCAGGUUCUCUGUGUUUCGCCAACAUGGGUGUAGCCAUCUUAGAGCCGACUCUGCCCAUCUGGAUGAUGCAGACCAUGUGCUCCCCUAAAUGGCAACUUGGUAUGGCCUUCCUCCCUGCCAGUAUCUCCUACUUGAUAGGAACAAACCUGUUCGGUGUUCUAGCCAACAAGAUGGGACGGUGGCUCUGCUCCAUGUUAGGGAUGUUUAUCGUUGGCAUCAGUUUGCUGUGUGUUCCUUUUGCCACCAGUAUCUAUGGUCUGAUUGGACCAAACGGAGGUCUGGGCUUCGCUAUAGGUAUGGUGGACUCCUCCAUGAUGGCCAUCAUGGGUUACCUGGUUGACAUCCGUCACGCCUCCGUCUACGGCAGUGUCUACGCCAUUGCUGACGUUGCGCUGUGUAUGGGGUUCGCUAUAGGACCAUCCAUAGGGGGCACUCUGGUUCAGGCGGUGGGUUUUCCCUGUCUCAUGGUGUUUAUCGGGGUGAUCAACAUUCUGUAUGCUCCACUCUGCUUCCUGUUACGUAACCCUGCUGUCAGAGAGGAGAAAAUGGCGAUCAUCGACCAGGAGUGUGUGAUGCACAGGAAAAGCUACAACACACAGAAGGAAAGUCGUGAGUUUCCUCUGAGCGACUACAGUGAAGAAGACACGGAGGACUGACACACACACACACACACACACACACACACACACAACUAAUGAUGUCCGUGUUGUGAUGUUGUCUUCUCCAAACACGUUUUAACCUUCAUCAUCAGACUUCCUGUCGUCACACAGUCAGAACAGCAACAUUGAACACUUCUUAAGGCUCUGACACACCAACCCGAUGGUCGACCGUCGGCCUGAUCAUUUGGCUCCCGUCUCCCCGAGUCGGUCCAAAAAGUGCCUCGGAACACACCGAAGCGACGCCGACUUGAGCGUACGUUCUGCGCGUAAUACGUCUCCAUAACAGCACUAAUCAGUAUUGUUGCCUGAAAAAUGAACACCGGAAAUGAUGGAACAUCUCCUUAGACCUAGUAAACACAGAGCAUGCUGUCGUCAGUCA